AUGUUAUGGAGUAAAGCAUUCUGCCGCUACGCUGUGCUCCCCCUGAGCCUGUGGUUCUGUGUGGAAGCAGUGCCCAUCGCUGUGGACAAGACUAAAGUGGAAACCCCAGAGGAGAAACUGGAGGCACCACAGAGUGUGGUGAGUGGAGUGUAUGUGUGUGUUGCAGUACCUAUGUGCGAUUUGAUGCAUACGAUAUAAUGACUGUGUAGGAAGCAGAUGUGAUGUUUAAUACUUGUCAAACAGUAUUUUGAGACUAGCUAGGUUUCCAUCCAAUUGGUGUCAGAUUUUCAUGUGAAUAUUCAAAAAUACGUAUAAAAACAAUAUGCGCAUUUUCCCAACAGAGAUGUGUUUCCAUCAAAUUGACUUGUUGCAGAUAGUCUGUGUGUGAUGACGUAGUGCACAUAAAAAUAAUUAUUGUGGUUAAAUUACCAUGUACUGAAUUAAAACUACAAGUUAAAUGGGUUUCCAUUGCAUUUUCAACUCUACUGAUGGUCUUGUCACAAAAAAAUGUUGCGUUAUAUAGCGAAUGUGCCCACUCUGGUAUUGGCUCCUGCGCUCUAGCCAACAGCUCGCAAAUAUAGUGUGAAUUUAGCCUACAUGAUGAGAUUAUUAUGGAUAAAAGAGCGAGACUAAUUAUUGGAAAGGAGCAUCAAGUUUAUCACCUUGCACUUUCAACCCCCUGUGCAGUUCAUCAUAACUUAUUACAUUUACAUUUACAUUUUAGUCAUUUAGCAGACGCUCUUAUCCAGAGCGACUUACAGUUAGUGAAUACAUUUAUAUAUAUAUUUUUUAUACUGGCCCCCCGUGGGAAUCGAACCCACAACCCUGGCGUUGCAAACGCCAUGCUCUAUCAACUGAGCUACAUCCCUGCCGGCCAUUCCCUCCCCAACCCUGGACGACGCUGGGCCAAUUGUGCGCCGCCCAUGAGUCUCCCGGUCGCGGCCGGCUGCGACAGAGCCUGGAUUACAGUCGUAGUGGGAGGACCACACACCAUAUAAUUGCGUGACUCCAAGUUUACUUUGAUAUGAUGGUUAUUAUAUCAAUAUUUGCGCAUAAAGGCGUUUCCACUGCCAUUUCUCGCAUAAUUAAUUUUACCAACAAAAAAAAGAUCCCACCAUGUCGAUCGAACAAAUUAUCUGUCGGCAUUUAUAAAAUUGUACUGACACUACCUGUUUCCAUCACAGCUGUCGUGAUUUGUUUUUAUACGUUAUUUCUUGCAUAAAAUCUGUGGAUGGAAACGUGGUUUCAGACUAAGCUAGGCUAUUUAGGACACUGUAAAGUCCAUGGAGAACCUCCUCCCAUUUGCCCACUGCACUGAGGCUAUUUGUACGCAUAAGAAAAAGUAAAGGCUCUUGGAGCCUGAGCCAGAAAGAGGAAAGGCUCUUAAAGAAAUACAUCACUCCGGGAAAUGGAAGGAGGUCUAGACAUACCAUAGGCCACAUGUGAAUCCAAUGUAAACCUCUCCCCUCUGUCAAUUUACAUACUGCAAUGUGGAUUUGGACUUUGGGUUUUUGUUUCAGGACACCGGGCUUCACUAUGACCGCUACCUCAGGGAAGUCAUUGAUUUCCUGGAGAAGGACCAGCAUUUCAGAGAGAAGCUCCACAAUACAGACAUGGAGGACAUUAAGGUACCCCAGCAGCUAUAGCAUUUGCAGGGAGGGGCUAUUUGUACUCGUCCAAUAGGAAAUGCUCAUUUUAUUUUCCCGUUGCAAAACAUUUUCAGCUGUUGUUCGUUCCGUGCCCUAAUGAACACAAUCCAGCUAGCCUGGUUGGUUUCCUUUGAUUGUUAUUGGCCCUCGAAAAUCUCUGGCUGCUUUUGUUUCUGAGCAGCAAGGCAAGCUGGCCAAAGAGCUGGACUUUGUCGGCCAUCACGUGAGGACCAAACUGGACGAGCUGAAGAGGCAGGAGGUGAACAGGCUACGGAAGCUCAUCAAAGCCAAACAAGACGUUGAGGGAAGGCAUGGUACGCUGGUCUAUCUGUUAUUCAAAUAUGUCAUUUCCUGUCUAACUGGCCGUCAACUUAUGAGCAGGAAUGUUUGUCCACUUGACAGGACAUGAUGUAAUGCACCACCAACAUUCUACGCUUGAUAUAGUCUGUCACAUAGGAAAGUGGAAGUGCCUUGAGGCUAUUGUGCAAGUAAAUAGUAAAAUGUUGUGAAAUGUCUAUAUUGACACAUUUGGGAAGAGGGAUUGAGGUUCUACUACAAGAGGGAUCGAGGUUCUACUACAAGCGGGGUUGAGGUUCUACUACAAGCAUGGUCUUGCACUCAAACAAGUCUGUGCUUACAUUGGAACUGCCAGAAAUACUUAGCUGUGGUCACUGCCAAAGCUAACGUGCAGUCGAGAGUCGGUCAUCAAAAAACUCAAAUCUUAGCAAUGUUUUUGCAUUGCACUACCAAUGUCCACAAUGUCAAUAACUGCUUGGUAUUAUCAGUCAAAAUGGUGUGUCUAGUUCAUUAUUGUUAAGAGGGGAUUUUAAUAUACAACGUUUCAGACUAAAGGUCACUAUCAUUUAUUACAAACAUACAGUAUAAUUACAAUGAUUGAAUUGUGGAUAAACGUCAGCUGUAACUGCACAAUUACCUCAUCAUAUACAGCCUCCAUUUUGUCAGCAGUUGUCAGCAAGGGACUUGUAACCACUUAAAUCGUAAAGUAUUAGUUUCCCUCCUAAUCAGAUCCUUCUCUCCUCUUUCCCCACAGAAAUGAACCACAAGGCGCUGCUCAAGCAGUUUGAGUACAUGAACCACAUGAACCCACACACCUUCGAAGUGGAUGACCUGGAUAAGCUUAUUAAAUCGGUAAGGAUGUUAUCCAUACACACUACACCAGGGAUCAUCAACUAGAUUCAGCCACGGGCCCAAAAAAAGUAUUGAGCGGCUGGUCGAGGUGCCGGAACAUAAUUACAUAUAAUUUGUAGACUGCAAAUUGACCGCAAGAAGCCCAAACAGAUAUAAUACAGUGGGGAAGAAAAGUAUUUAGUCAGCCACCAAUUGUGCAAGUUCUCCCACUUAAAAAGAUGAGAGAGGCCUGUAAUUUUCAUCAUAGGUACACAUCAACUAUGACAGACAAAUUGAGAAGAAAAAAAAUCCAGAAAAUCACAUUGUAGGAUUUUUAAUGAAUUUAUUUGCAAAUUAUGGUGGAAAAUAAGUAUUUGGUCACCUACAAACAAGCAAGAUUUCUGGCUCUCACAGACCUGUAACUUCUUCUUUAAGAGGCUCCUCUGUCCUCCACUCGUUACCUGUAUUAAUGGCACCUGUUUGAACUUGUUAUCAGUAUAAAAGACACCUGUCCACAACCUCAAACAGUCACACUCCAAACUCCACUAUGGCCAAGACCAAAGAGCUGUCAAAGGACACCAGAAACAAAAUUGUAUACCUGCACCAGGCUGGGAAGACUGAAUCUGAAAUAGGUAAGCAGCUUGGUUCGAAGAAAUCAACUGUGGGAGCAAUUAUUAGGAAAUGGAAGACAUACAAGACCACUGAUAAUCUCCCUCGAUCUGGGGCUCCACGCAAGAUCUCACCCCGUGGGGUCAAAAUGAUCACAAGAACGGUGAGCAAAAAUCCCAGAACCACACAGGGGGACCUAGUGAAUGACCUGCAGAGAGCUGGGACCAAAGUAACCAAAGCCUACCAUCAGUAACACACUAUGCCGCCAGGGACUCAAAUCCUGCAGUGCCAGACGUGUCCCCCUGCUUAAGCCAGUACAUCUCCAGGCCCGUCUGAAGUUUGCUAGAGUGCAUUUGGAUGAUCCAGAAGAGGAUUGGGAGAAUGUCAUAUGAUCAGAUGAAACCAAAAUAGAACUUUUUGGUAAAAACUCAACUCGUCGUGUUUGGAGGACGAAGAAUGCUGAGUUGCAUCCAAAGAACACCAUACCUAAUGUGAAGCAUGUGGGUGGAAACAUCAUGCUUUGGGGCUGUUUUUCUGCAAAGGGACCAGGACGACUGAUCCAUGUAAAGGAAAGAAUGAAUGGGGCCAUGUAUCGUGAGAUUUUGAGUGAAAACCUCCUUCCAUCAGCAAGGGCAUUGAAGAUGAAACGUGGCUGGGUCUUUCAGCAUGACAAUGAUCCCAAACACACCGCCCGGGCAACGAAGGAGUGGCUUCGUAAGAAGCAUUUCAAGGUCCUGGAGUGGCCUAGCCAGUCUCCAGAUCUCAACCCCAUAGAAAAUAUUUGGAGGGAGUUGAAAGUCUGUGUUGCCCAGCGACAGCCCCAAAACAUCACUGCUCUAGAGGAGAUCUGCAUGGAGGAAUGGGCCAAAAUACCAGCAACAGUGUGUGAAAACCUUGUGUAGACUUACAGAAAACGUUUGACCUGUGUCAUUGCCAACAAAGGGUAUAUAACAAAGUAUUGAGAAACUUUUGUUAUUGACCAAAUACUUAUUUUCCACCAUAAUUUGCAAAUAAAUUCAUUAAAAAUCCUACAAUGUGAUUUUCUGGAUUCUUUUUUCUCAUUCUGUCUGUCAUAGUUGACGUGUACCUAUGAUGAAAAUUACAGGCCUCUCUCAUCUUUUUAAGUGGGAGAACUUGCACAAUUGGUGACUGACUAAAUACUUUUUUUCUCCACUGUAUUUGACUAAAACAUAAUAAUUUCAAACCUUGCUUACAUUUGUAUAUGAUCAUGUCUCUCUAUUAUGUGUGGGAAUACUUGGGAACAGAAUUCCCAAAUGAAAAUCCCUUGGAGCUGAUUUCGCCAGUUGGGAAACCCUUCACUACACCAUGAUACAAUGAUUAAAAUGGUUCUUAAAACCACUGUGCUCAGAACUUGUGGUGCAUGGGCCAAGGUCUAUACUGAAAAAUACACACUGACAAUGGCCUUACAACCGAAAUGUUUGCGCUGCACUUGUUGCCUCUUGAAUGAAUAAACAACUCUCUGAACGAGGACAUCCAACUCUCUGAACGAGGACAUCCAACUCUCUGAACGAGGACAUCCAACUCUCUGAACGAGGACAUCCAACACUCUGAACGAGGACAUCCAACUCUCUGAACGAGGACAUCCAACUCUCUGAACGAGGACAUCCAACUCUCUGAACGAGGACAUCCAACUCUCUGAACGAGGACAUCCAACUCUCUGAACGAGGACAUCCUUUUGGAGCCAACAGCCCAAAGGGUUUAUAGCCUUAAAGCUAACUUGCUGUGUUUGAAUAAUAGCAGAUCUAUUGGAAAGUUUGCCCUAACCAUGCACAUCACGUACAUGUGCUCCGUCUGGUGAAAAAACUUUUAGAGGGCGAUAAUUUGCACUUAAAACUAAUCAUCAAGAACAUGUCACGUCUUUCUCACUCUCUUCUCUAAUGGUCUCGUUCCCUAGUUGUUAGUGGUCUCUGACACAGAACAGUGGGCUUAUAUAGUAUUCAUUUCAAUUCCAGAUUGUAAUGGGAAUUUCCAGGUGAACAUAAAGGAGAGCAGUCGUUAAUGAAGUCAAUCAAAAGGAAUCCAGUUGAAUACAAGAAUUCAGGGAGAAUGCCUCCAGAACAGAAGCAUAGGGAAUGUCUAACGGUCCUUCUCUGAGAAGGACCCUGUAUUAAUCAGACAGUGCCAGAUGUUCUGUGAACAUCAGCCCGAGAGGCUUGUACGAAGUCACAGCAUCAGCGACUACAGAAUCACGCCGCAUCACAGAGACAUUUUCAGUGUACCUUCCGCAGCUCUGGCAUAAAUCACUAUCAAACAUUCAACACUGACAGACAUUUGAUACUGGCAGUUCAAACAGGUCAAAGGUAAGAACAUCCAUACUUAGUUACAACAGAUAAUUGUAGACUCACAAGUGAAAACGACCUAAUUAAAUAUGGUAUUUAAACGUACAUGUUUAAGUCCUGUUUCCCUCCCCAAGGGAAUGUAUCUGUAUGCGUCUCCCCGCAUAUAAAAUCAUGUUUAUUACACAGGAGGCUGCGGAGGGGAGGACGGCUCUUAAUAAUGUCUGGAAUGGAGUAAAUGGAAUGCUAUCAAACACAUGGAAACCAUGGAAACCAUGUGCUUAAUGAGUUCAAUACCAUUCCAUUUAUUCCGUUCCAGCCAUUACUAUGAGCCUGUCCUCCCCAAUUAAGGUGCCACCGGCCGCCUGUGGUUUAUUACAUAUCGAUCCAGAUCCCAGUAAAUCAAAUACAGGAAAAUAAUUAAUCAAAUAAUUUCCCAUUACACAGAUCUACCAAAAUGUUCACUUACCUGGUAAAAUUAGGGUUUCUAUAGAAAGAAUAAGAAUCUCAUGCUCUUUUUUUCCUGGUUUAUAUAUAGGCUACCAGUGACCUGGAGAACUACGACAAGAAGCGCCACGAGGAGUUUAAGAGGUACGAGAUGAUGAAGGAGCACGAGAGAAAGGAGCACCUGAAGAACCUCGACGAGGAGCAUCGCAAAGACGAGGAGCAGCACUAUGAAGAGCUGAGGAAGAAACACGCAGACCAUCCCAAAAUCAACCACCCUGUGAGACAUUACCUUGAUAAUGUAACUAAACCCAAAAUCAACCACCCUGUGAGACAUUACCUUUAUAAUGUAACUAAACCCAAAAUCAACCACCCUGUGAGACAUUACCUUGAUACUGUAACUAAACCCAAAAUCAACCACCCUGUGAGACAUUACCUUGAUAAUGUAACUAAACCCAAAAUCAACCACCCUGUGAGACAUUACCUUGAUAAUGUAACUAAACCCAAAAUCAACCACCCUGUGAGACAUUACCUUGAUACUGUAACUAAACCCAAAAUCAACCACCCUGUGAGACAUUACCUUGAUAAUGUAACUAAACCCAAAAUCAACCACCCUGUGAGACAUUACCUUGAUAAUGUAACUAAACCCAAAAUCAACCACCCUGUGAGACAUUACCUUGAUAAUGUAACUAAACCCAAAAUCAACCACCCUGUGAGACAUUACCUUGAUAAUGUAACUAAACCCAAAAUCAACCACCCUGUGAGACAUUACCUUGAUAAUGUAACUAAACCCAAAAUCAACCACCCUGUGAGACAUUACCUUGAUAAUGUAACUAAACCCAAAAUCAACCACCCUGUGAGACAUUUACCGUGAUAAUCAACCCCCUAAAGACAUUUCAGUGACAUUAAACCCCAAAUUACCUGAACCCCAAAUUCACUAGCCUGGUAUACCUAUACAGCACAAACAGGCUCUUGGAGCCUGUAUACCUUCACAGCACAAACAGAUCUGGGACCAGGCUACAAAAAAAAUCACCUGCUAGGAAUUUACAAUGAUAUUAAUCUAACAUUAACAAAGACUAUGUUACUGUAUAUACAGUAUAAACUGUUCUACUGAAGUCUUUAAACUGAAGCGUGUGUGUGCAUGUGUGUGUGUGUGUGUGCAUGUGUGUGUGUGUGUGUGUGUGUGUGUGUGUGUGUGUGUGUGUGUGUGUGUGUGUGUGUGUGUGUGUGUGUGUGUGUGUGUGUGUGUGUGUGUGUGUGUGUGUGUGUGUGUAUAGGGCAGUCAGGACCAGCUGAAAGAGGUCUGGAAGGAGUCAGACGGUUUGGACCCAAAUGAGUUUGACCCCAAGACCUUCUUCAAACUCCACGGUAAGUUCACACCAGAAGCCAGUCACAGGUUGAAAACACUGAACAAAAGUAUAAUACAAUAAUCUUGUCUCAAAUUACACACCAACCACAACGAAGCCUAUUGAGAAAUGAUCAAAUACAAUACUUGAUGUCUUGCAGACACCAACGGAGACGCCUACAUUGAUGAGCAGGAGCUUGAAGCCCUGUUCACUAAAGAGGUGUGUGUGUGUGUGUGUGUGUGUGUGUGUGUGUUUUGUAGCUGGAGUAGGCCCAGUGUUGAAGUAUGUGUUUGUGUGUGUGUGUUUUGUAGCUGGAGAAGAUGUACAGCUCCAAUCUAGAUGAGGAUGACAUGACAGAGAUGGAGGAGGAGAGACUGCGCAUGAGGGAACACGUCAUGAAUGAGGUGAGCUGGCACGAGGGGUGGGGUAUGAUGGGGUCACUGAGUCAUACCGUACACGCCACACACACACACAUCCAACUGUUUUCAGGACUUUGCCCCACUGCUUCUUCAGUCAACCUACUUGCUGACAUUGCCUUCCUUUCAUCUGUACUCAGGUAGACACCAACAAGGACAGACUGGUCUCCCUGGAGGAGUUCCUGAUGUCCACAAACAAGAAAGAGUUCUUAGAGCCAGACAGCUGGGAGGUAAGAGACAGGCUGCCACCACCUGCUGCAGCCUGAGGUGGUCAAGAGUACAGAAAUGGUGUUGAUCCUAACUCUAAGAGGCUAUGCAAUAAUGGAGCUUCUACCCUCUCAUCUCAUCUUCUCUCCUCCUCCUCAGACUCUGGAGCAGGCUCCCGCGUACACAGAAGAGGAGAUUAAGUUGUUUGAGGAGCAGCUGGCCCAGGAGGAGAGCAACCUCAACCAGAAGAACACAGAUCUACAGAAACAGAAGGAGGAGCUGGAGAGGCAGCAGGAUAAGCUCAAUGCCCAGAAAGCUGAGCUGCAGCAGGUAACCUAAUACAGUAGCACAUAGCAAUGUUAGCAUCUACAAAAUGUUAGCAUAAACAGCUAACAACUCAUAAACAGCUAACGUACCCAUUUGACACAAAAUGCAUUUGCAGCCCCUUAGCAGAGGAGCUUUGACACAGUGGAAUCCAGCACCUUCAGUAUUAGAGGGGUAACCAACUUCAUAAAUACGUGACUUGUAAUUUGACUGUUUAUUGUGUGACUUUGCCUCACCCUCAACAAAAGAGAGCACCGUUUCAUCUACAGUUUGAAAUUGGAAAAACUUUUGAACUGGGUCAUCACUCUCCCAUGUUGGUGGGAUAACAUCUUCUUCUUCUCUUGUCUGUCUUCUCCUCAGGCCGUGGAACACAUGCAGAUAAUAAAAUCGGAAAAAGUAAACGCCACUGUUGAGGUUAAAGGUUAGUUCAAGUUACCUUCAGUUAUAACAUCCUUUUCCAUAGACUAGUAUUACCAUCAUUUAAUAAUAACUAAUGGUAGAAUCCUAACUUACACUUAAGUAGUCAUGCAUUGAUGUCAAUGGGAGACUAAGUGAACAUUAGACUGAAGAGGAAGUUAGGAUUUGUCCCCAUCUGUUUCAAACACUGUGGUGAUGUGUUAACUUGUCUUUAGAUGGAGGAGCUACAGUAGCAGUGCCCCCUGGAGGUCAAGCAUUGCCAGUACUACCAGGAGACAGCCAACCUCUACCCCCUGGUCACCAGCAAGACUUACCUGCACACUCUUAGCAGGCCCGGCAGCUUUUUCUGUGUGUGGAUCUGUGUGUGUUUGCGUGUGCGUGUGUUUACGUGUGCAUAUGUGUUUUUGUGUGUCUAUAAAUCUUGCAAUUAAUCCAGUUUGAGUUUGUUUUAAUGUGUUGUCGGAGCUCCGGAUUUCCCACAACACACCCGAAUGCACACAUACAGUCCAACAAUUUCCGGAGACUAGCUAAACCAAUCAGAAUGUAACCUUUGAUUUUGAUCCACUUCUAGUAGUGGCAUUCCGUAGCAGGCAGGAGCAGCCAUCACAACCGACAAGACUUGAAAGAAUCUCUGAACCAGGCAUUCUGUGGACAAUCCACUCUUUGUUAUUAGUUCAUUAUAACCUCCUUGACAACCAGUGCACAGUUCUAGAGGGAAGUGCUUUGGGAGAAGUGGGAAGAGUUUUUGUUCCUGAAUAUUAGCGGAAUGUGUCCAGUAUUUAGUUUUCUACCUAGUUAGGUAGGCUAGGUAGGCUACCCAGUGGCAUUGAUUAUGUGGAGAAACAUGUUUAAUAUACAAAAAACAUUUGGUUAAAUCGUUUACAGAGGUGGGAAAAUGAAGGUCAAAUUAAUGUCUAUUUCGAUACGCUUUAAAUAGUCUUGCUGAUUCAUUCCUGACAUUAAUAAUUGCCCAUACACAGAUACAAACUCAUAUUGGCUUCACAUCAAUGACAAUGAAGGCAUAAAUAGUUAUUAGUAUUACAUUGGUUUUAAUUGGACUUUGUUAAUCAAGAAACUAUUAUGGUACUGUAAUUCAAUGUUGGCCACCUCUUUUUAACCUGCCAUAAACUGCCAUUCUUCCUGGUUUAAAGUGGACUAUGAACGUUGUUAAUUGUCCCAUUGUGGUUGAUACUGACAAUAGUGGUAUUGGUAUUUCAUUUAUCUUAGUGGUGACUGUCUGUUUACCAUGGAUAUUCUUCUAUACUUAAUACCAUGGAUGUUCUACAAUACUUAAUACCAUGGAUAUCAUUCUAAACUUAAUACCAUGGAUAUUCUUCUAUACUUAAUACCAUGGAUGUUCUACAAUACUUAAUACCAUGGAUAUCAUUCUAAACUUAAUACCAUGGAUAUUCUUCUAUACUUAAUACCAUGGAUAUUAUUCUAAACUUAAUACCAUGGAUAUUCUUCUAUACUUAAUACCAUGGAUAUUAUUCUAAACUUAAUACCAUGGAUAUUCUUCUAUACUUAAUACCAUGGAUAUUAUUCUAAACUUAAUACCAUGGAUAUUCUUCUAUACCUAAUACCAUGGAUAUUCUUCUGUACUUAAUACCAUGGAUAUUCUUCUAUACUUAAUACCAUGGAUAUUCUUCUGUACUAUAUCCCUGUGAGGGUGGAAUCAUGGUCUUAAUCACCUGGUUGCAUGUCUGACUACAGUAGCUUCUGUCCAACAGGUCUGGCCAUUCUCUGGUCCACCCAAUCCUUUACAGACUGAAACCAACAGGUCUGGCCAUUCUCUGGUCCACCCAAUCCUUUACAGACUGAAACCAACAGGUCUGGCCAUUCUCUGGUCCACCCAAUCCUUUACAGACUGAAACCAACAGGUCUGGCCAUUCUCUGGUCCACCCAAUCCUUUACAGACUGAAACCAACAGGUCUGGCCAUUCUCUGGUCCACCCAAUCCUUUACAGACUGAAACCAACAGGUCUGGCCAUUCUCUGGUCCACCCAAUCCUUUACAGACUGAAACCAACAGGUCUGGCCAUUCUCUGGUCCACCCAAUCCUUUACAGACUGAAACCAACAGGUCUGGCCAUUCUCUGGUCCAUCCAAUCCUUUACAGACUGAAACCAACAGGUCUGGCCAUUCUCUGGUCCACCCAAUCCUUUACAGACUGAAACCAACAGGUCUGGCCAUUCUCUGGUCCAUCCAAUCCUUUACAGACUGAAACCAACAGGUCUGGCCAUUCUCUGGUCCACCCAAUCCUUUACAGACUGAAACCAACAGGUCUGGCCAUUCUCUGGUCCACCCAAUCCUUUACAGACUGAAACCAACAGGUCUGGCCAUUCUCUGGUCCAUCCAAUCCUUUACAGACUGAAACCAACAGGUCUGGCCAUUCUCUGGUCCACCCAAUCCUUUACAGACUGAAACCAACAGGUCUGGCCAUUCUCUGGUCCACCCAAUCCUUUACAGACUGAAACCAACAAGUCUGGCCAUUCUCUGGGCCACCCAAUCCUUUACAGACUGAAACCAACAGUUCUGGCCAUUCUCUGGUCCACCCAAUCCUUUACAGACUGAAACCAACAGAAUACCCAUCAUUCCACCCAGAGCCAUACUGUAUAUAGAUGUGUCCCAGAGCCAUAUAAAGAGAUGUAUCUGUUAUGCCGGUUAGGCAGCCUUAGUUGUGGAGCACAGCAGUGUCUUCUCUUUGAGUCAGGAACCAAACCACCAUUUCUAAUUUAGCGUGGUCUUCAUCAGGGUUGGGCAAAAUACGGCCUGUAGGACGGAUCCGAUUAAAUGUGGCCUGCAGUGGAUUUCCUAAAAAAUAUAAAAAAUACCACACUACACUUGAACGUUGAAAACCAGAUAGAAAGUCAUAUGUAGAAAUUAUUAUGGACCUAUGUGUUUGGAAAUAACUGCCAAUUUUCUGGCCCGCAAACCGGUCCAAAAAGAAUCUGUGCGGCCCUCCAUAGAUUUUCUAAAUCCUGAUGUGGCCCUUGAGUCUAAAUGAUUGAUAUUGCAUUCAGUGUCUGUAUCAAGUUUUACAAACUAUAAUUCUAAAUGUAUUAAAGUUUCAUACAUUCAACUUCUCAGAUUUCAGAUUCAGUUUUCAAAUUCAGUUAUCUAAAUUCAGAUUCAAAAGCAGAGAUAACAUCCUGGUACUUUGCCAGCCAGGUAAGGUAGAGGAGAACAGACAGAAUAAAAUGCUAUCUGUGGUAAACAGAACCAAUGUGGCAUUUGGCUCUAGCUAUUAUGACCCCAAUCCUGAAAGUUUAGACUCUCUGGAACAUGGAUCAGUCUUCUGUUCCCCUCACAGGCCGCACUGAAAUUGCUACAUACAGGUUUUCCUGUUGUAUUCUUAAUCACAUCUGUCCCAACUGCUUACUCAAGAAAUCCAUAUGGCUGUACUUCAAAGGAAGACAUUUACAGCUUGGUUUUGUUUGUAUCAUUGUGUUUAAACUGAUGUAAAGCAAAAACAGGUAUAAAUACUUUUUAUUGUCAUCGUUUUGGCUCCAGGUUUUCACAAGACAAGUCUCAAUGCAACAGGCUAGUAGUGUACAUAGCCCAAUAUUUACUAUUAACAUGGGAAAUGCUCACUUCCUCCCAUAAGAGUAAUUGAAGCUUUUGAUGAGUCAGGCCACUGUCUUCACCAGGGGAUAUAUUACACAGGUGCAGUAGAAGGUUAGGAGGUGGUUGACAUGACUGUCAUAGUUAUACAGCUCCACCUACUGCUUAUCUGAAAAGCUACUUUGGUCUCUUCUAACUUCAACCAAACUAAUUGUGGAAACAACUCAGACCUUGCUCAACUUACAGUGCCUUCAGAAAGUAUUCACACCCGUUGACUUUUACCACAUUUUGUUGUGUUACAGCCUGAUUUUAAAAAUGGAUUACAUUGAGAUGUUCUUGUCACUGGCAUACACACAAUACCCCAUAAUGUCAAAGUGGAAUUAUGUUUUUCGACAUUUUUACAAAUUAAUUAAAAAUGUUAAGCUGAAAUGUCUUGAGUCAAUAAGUAUUCAACCCCUUUGUUAUGGCAAGCCUAAAUAAGUUCAGGAGUAAACAUUUGCUUAACAAGUCACAUAAUAAGUUGCAUGGACAUGCUCUGUGUGCAAUAAUAGUGUUUUUAACAUGAUUUUUGAAUGACUACCUCAUCUCUGCACCCCACACAUAACAUUAUCUGUAAGGCCCCUCAGUCGAGCAGUGAAUUUCAAUCACAGAUCCAACCACAAAGACCAGGGAGGUUUUCCAAUGCCUCGAAAGAAGGACAUCUACUGAUAGAUGGGUAAAAAAAAAAAUGCAAACAUUGAAUAUCCCUUUGAGCAUGGUGAAGUUAUACAUUACACUUUGGAUGGUGAAUCAAUACACACAGUCACUACAAAGAUACAGGCAUUAUACCUAACUCAGUUGUCAAAGAGGAAGGAAAUCCCUUUUGAUAUAAAAAAGUAUAUACAAAAGUAUUUUAUGAAACAUUGAAUUUUUUAAUGCACAUAGAAAUGCAUUGAAUAACUGAUUCAUACAUGGAAAAAACAGAUAGUCAAACAAAAAUCAAAAGGAAGUUUGUUUUGAAGUGUCUAUCCUAGUCAGUCACAGUGGUGCAGUAGAAGGUUAGGAGGUGGUUGACAUGACUGUCAUAGUUAUAUAUAUAUACAGUGGGGGAAAAAAGUAUUUAGUCAGCCACCAAUUGUGCAAGUUCUCCCACUUAAAAAGAUGAGAGAGGCCUGUAAUUUUCAUCAUAGGUACACGUCAACUAUGACAGACAAAUUGAGAUUUUUUUUCUCCAGAAAAUCACAUUGUAGGAUUUUUUAUGAAUUUAUUUGCAAAUUAUGGUGGAAAAUAAGUAUUUGGUCACCUACAAACAAGCAAGAUUUCUGGCUCUCACAGACCUGUAACUUCUUCUUUAAGAGGCUCCUCUGUCCUCCACUCGUUACCUGUAUUAAUGGCACCUGUUUGAACUUGUUAUCAGUAUAAAAGACACCUGUCCACAACCUCAAACAGUCACACUCCAAACUCCACUAUGGCCAAGACCAAAGAGCUGUCAAAGGACACCAGAAACAAAAUUGUAUACCUGCACCAGGCUGGGAAGACUGAAUCUGAAAUAGGUAAGCAGCUUGGUUCGAAGAAAUCAACUGUGGGAGCAAUUAUUAGGAAAUGGAAGACAUACAAGACCACUGAUAAUCUCCCUCGAUCUGGGGCUCCACGCAAGAUCUCACCCCGUGGGGUCAAAAUGAUCACAAGAACGGUGAGCAAAAAUCCCAGAACCACACAGGGGGACCUAGUGAAUGACCUGCAGAGAGCUGGGACCAAAGUAACCAAAGCCUACCAUCAGUAACACACUAUGCCGCCAGGGACUCAAAUCCUGCAGUGCCAGACGUGUCCCCCUGCUUAAGCCAGUACAUCUCCAGGCCCGUCUGAAGUUUGCUAGAGUGCAUUUGGAUGAUCCAGAAGAGGAUUGGGAGAAUGUCAUAUGGUCAGAUGAAACCAAAAUAUAACUUUUUGGUAAAAACUCAACUCGUCGUGUUUGGAGGACAAAGAAUGCUGAGUUGCAUCCAAAGAACACCAUACCUACUGUGAAGCAUGGGGGUGGAAACAUCAUGCUUUGGGGCUGUUUUUCUGCAAAGGGACCAGGACGACUGAUCCGUGUAAAGGAAAGAAUGAAUGGGGCCAUGUAUCGUGAGAUUUUGAGUGAAAACCUCCUUCCACCAGCAAGGGCAUUGAAGAUGAAACGUGGCUGGGUCUUUCAGCAUGACAAUGAUCCCAAACACACCGCCCGGGCAACAAAUUAGUGGCUUCGUAAGAAGCAUUUCAAGGUCCUGGAGUGGCCUAGCCAGUCUCCAGAUCUCAACCCCAUUGAAAAUCUUUGGAGAGAGUUGAAAGUCCGUGUUGCCCAGCGACAGCCCCAAAACAUCACUGCUCUAGAGGAGAUCUGCAUGGAGGAAUGGGCCAAAAUACCAGCAACAGUGUGUGAAAACCUUGUGAAGACUUACAGAAAACGUUUGACCUGUGUCAUUGCCAACAAAGGGUAUAUAACAAAGUAUUGAGAAACUUUUGUUAUUGACCAAAUACUUAUUUUCCACCAUAAUUUGCAAAUAAAUUCAUUAAAAAUCCUACAAUGUGAUUUUCUGGAAUUUCUUUCUCUCAUUUUGACUGUCAUAGUUGACGUGUACCUAUGAUGAAAAUUACAGGCCUCUCUCAUCUUUUUAAGUGGGAGAACUUGCACAAUUGGUGGCUGACUAAAUACUUUUUUCCCCCACUGUAUAUAUAUACAUACAUACACAUACAGUGGGGAGAACAAGUAUUUGAUACACUGCCGAUUUUGCAGGUUUUCCUAUUUACAAAGCAUGUAGAGGUCUGUAAUUUUUAUCAUAGGUACACUUCAACUGUGAGAGACGGAAUCUAAAACAAAAAUCCAGAAAAUCACAUUGUAUGAUUUUUAAGUAAUUAAUUUGCAUUUUAUUGCAUGACAUAAGUAUUUGAUCACCUACCAACCAGUAAGAAUUCCGGCUCUCACAGACCUGUUAGUUUUUCUUUAAGAAGCCCUCCUGUUCUCCACUCAUUACCUGUAUUAACUGCACCUGUUUGAACUCGUUACCUGUAUAAAAGACACCUGUCCACACACUCAAUGAAACAGACUCCAACCUCUCCACAAUGGCCAAGACCAGAGAGCUGUGUAAGGACAUCAGGGAUAAAAUUGUAGACCUGCACAAGGCUGGGAUGGGCUAUAGGACAAUAGGCAAGCAGCUUGGUGAGAAGGCAACAACUGUUGGCGCAAUUAUUACAAAAUGGAAGAAGUUCAAGUUGACGGUCAAUCACCCUCGGUCUGGGGCUCCAUGCAAGAUCUCACCUCGUGGGGCAUCAAUGAUAAUGAGGAAGGUGAGGGAUCAGCCCAGAAUUACACAGCAGGACCUGGUCAAUGACCUGAAGAGAGCUGGGACCACAGUCUCAAAGAAAACCAUUAGUAACACACUACGCCGUCAUGGAUUAAAAUCCUGCAGCGCACGCAAGGUCCCCCUGCUCAAGCCAGCGCAUGUCCAGGCCCGUCUGAAGUUUGCCAAUGACCAUCUGGAUGAUCCAGAGGAGGAAUGGGAGAAGGUCAUGUGGUCUGAUGAGACAAAAAUAGAGCUUUUUGGUCUAAACUCCACUCGCCGUGUUUGGAGGAAGAAGAAGGAUGAGUACAACCCCAAGAACACCAUCCCAACCGUAAAGCAUGGAGGUGGAUACAUCAUUCUUUGGGGAUGCUUUUCUGCAAAGGGGAUAGGACGUCUGCACCGUAUUGAGGGGAGGAUGGAUGGGGCCAUGUAUCGCGAGAUCUUGGGCAACAACCUCCUUCCCACAGUAAGAGCAUUGAAGAUGGGUCGUGGCUGGGUCUUCCAGCAUGACAAUGACCCGAAACACACAGCCAGGGCAACUAAGGAGUGGCUCCGUAAGAAGCAUUUCAAGGUCCUGGAGUGGCCUAGCCAGUCUCCAGACCUGAACCCAAUAAAAAAUCUUUGGAGGGAGCUGAAAGUCCGUAUUGCCCAGCGACAGCCCCGAAACCUGAAGGAUCUGGAGAAGGUCUGUAUGGAGGAGUGGGCCAAAAUCCCUGCUGCAGUGUGUGCAAACCUGGUCAAGACCUACAGGAAACGUAUGAUCUAUGUAAUUGCAAACAAAGGUUUCUGUACCAAAUAUUAAGUUCUGCUUUUCUGUUGUAUCAAAUACUUAUGUCAUGCAAUAAAAUGCAAAUUAAUUACUUAAAAAUCAUAAAAUGUGAUUUUCGGGAUUUUUGUUUUAGAUUCCGUCUCUCACAGUUGAAGUGUACCUAUGAUAAAAAUGACAGACCUCUACAUGCUUUGUAAGUAGGAAAACCUGCAAAAUCGGCAGUGUAUCAAAUACUUGUUCUCCCCACUGUACAUAUCCUUAAAAAAAAUAUAUAUAUCCCCUUUAUUACUUUCCAAACCCAUCACCCUUUCCCUAAUUGGAGUAAACUAGUGAACAACAAUGCUUAGGCCUCUACUUCCAGCUUAUACUUACGAUAUACAUUUUAUGGACACAGUCAAUUUUACAAUAAUUAUAUUUUGUUUGUUUUUUCUCCUGAACUUCUUCUACUCUCAACCUCUCCGAUCAUUUUCAUGAUGUCCAUCCGGUUUGCCCUUCUUGCCUCGUCUCUCAGAUCGUUCACAGCUUUGUGGAAGUUACCUUGUGGUCCUCUGUAGCUCAGCUGGUAGAGCACGGCGCUUGUAACGCCAAGGUAGUGGGUUCGAUCCCCGGGACCACCCAUACACAAAAAAUGUAUGCACGCAUGACUGUAAGUCGCUUUGGAUAAAAGCGUCUGCUAAAUGGCAUAUUAUUAUUAUUAUUAUUAUUAUAUUUACCUGUGGCGCUGAUGUUUAGGCCGAGGUAUGUAUAGUUUUUUGUAUGCUCUAGGGCAAUGGUGUAGAUGGAAUUUGUAUUUGUGGACCUUUUUUGGAACACCAUUAUUUUUGUCUUACUGAGAUUUACUGUCAGGGCCCAGGUCUGACAGAAUCUGUACAGAAGAUCUAGGUGUUGCUCUAGGCCCUCCUUGGUUCGGGACAGAAGCACCAGAUCAUCAGCAAAUGGUAGACAUUUGACUUCAGAUUCUAGUAGGGUGAGGCCAGGUGCUGCAGACUGUUCUAGUGCCUUCGCCAAUUCGUUGAUAUAUAUAUGUUGAAGAGGGUGGGGCUUAAGCUACACAUUAAGAAAUGUGUGUGCGUUUUGCCAAUUUUAACCGCACACUUGUUGUUUGUGUACAAGGAUUUUAUAAUGUUGUAUGUUUUACACCCAACACCACUUUCCAUCAAUUUGUAUAGCAGGCCCUCAUGCAAAAUUGAGUUGAAAGCUUUUUUGAAAUCAACAAAGCAUGAGAAGACUUUGCCUUUGUUUUGGUUUGUUUGUUUGUCAAUUAGGGUGUGCAGGUGAAUACGUGGUCUGUCGUACGGUAAUUUGGUAAAAAGCCUAUUUGAAAUUUGCUCAGUACAUUGUUUUCGCUGAGGAAAUGUAUGAGUCUGCUGUUAAUGAUAAUGCAGAGAAUCUUCCCAAAGUUACUGUUGACGCAUAUCCCAUGGUAGUUAUUGGGGUCAAAUUUGUCUCCACUUUUGUGGAUUGGGGUGAUCAGUCGGAAGUUUACAUACACUUAGGUUGGAGUCAUUAAAACUAGUUUUUCAACCACUCCACACAUUACUUCUUAACAAACUAUAGUUUUGGCAAGUCGGUUAGGACAUCUACUUUGUGCAUGACACAAGUCAUUUUUCCAACAAUUGUUUACAGACAGAUUAUUUCACUUAUGAUUCACUGUAUCACAAUUCCAGUGGGUCCGAAGUUUACAUACACUAAGUUGACUGUGCCUUUAAACAGCUUGGAAAAUUCCAGAAAAUGAUGUCAUAGCUUUAGAAGCUUCUGAUAGGCUAAUUGACAUAAUUUGAGUCGAUUGGAGGUGUACCUGUGGAUGUAUUUCAAGGCCUACCUUCAAACUCAGUGCCUCUUUGCUUGACAUCAUGGGAAAAUCAACCAAGACCUCAGAAAAAAAGAGUAGACCUCCACAAGUCUGGUUCAUCCUUGGGAGCAAUUUCCAAAUGCCUGAAGGUACCACGUUCAUCUGUACAAACAAUAGCACGCAAGUAUAAACACCAUGGGACCACGCAGCCGUCAUACCGCUCAGGAAGGAGACGCGUUCUGUCUCCUAGAGAUUAACGUACUUUGGUGCAAAAAGUGCAAAUCAAUCCCAGAACAACAGCAAAGGACCUUGUGAAGAUGUUGGAGGAAACAGGUACAAAAGUAUCUAUAUCCACAGUAAAACAAGUCUUAUAUUGACAUAACCUGAAAGGCCGCUCAGCAAGGAAGAAGCCACUGCUCCAAAACCGCCAUAAAAAAGCCAGACUACGGUUUGCAACUGCACAUGGGGACAAAGAUCGUACUUUUUGGAGAAAUAUCCUCUGGUCUGUUGAAACAAAAAUAGAACUGUUUGGCCAUAAUGACCAUCGUUAUGUUUGGAGGAAAAAGGGGUAUGCUUGCAAGCCGAAGAACACCAUCCCAACCGUGAAGCACGGGGGUGGCAGCAUCAUGCUGUGGGGGUGCUUUGCUGCAGGAGGGACUGGUGCACUUCACAAAAUAGAUGGCAUCAUGAGGAAGGAAAAUUAUGUGGAUAUAUUGAAGCAACAUUUCAAGACAUCAGUCAGGAAGUUAAAGCUUGGUCGCAAAAGGGUCUUCCAAAUGGACAAUAACACCAAGCAUACUCCCAAAGUUGUGGCAAAAUGGCUUAAGGACAACAAAGUCAAGGUAUUGGAGUGGCCAUCACAAAGCCCUGACCUCAAUCCUAUAGAAAAUGUGUGGGCAGAACUGAAAAAGUGUGUGCGAGCAAGGAGGCCUACAAACCUGACUCAGUUACACCAGCUCUGUCAGGAGGAAUGGGCCAAAAUUCACCCAACUUAUUGUGGGAAGCUUGUGGAAGGCUACCUGAAACGUUUGACCCAAGUUAAACAAUUUAAAGGCAAUGCUACCAAAUACUAAUUGAGUGUAUGUAAACUUCUGACCCACUGGGAAUGUGAUGAAAGAAAUAAAAGCUGAAAAAAAUACUCUGACAUUUCACAUUCUUAAAAUAAAGUGGUGGUGAUCCUAACUGACCUAAGACAGGGACUUUUUACUAGGACUAAAUGUCAGGAAUUGUGAAAAACUGAGUUUAAAUGUAUUUGGCUAUGGUGUAUGUAAACUUCCGACUUCAACUGUACAUACCCAGCGUCCGACAGAGCCACAGGAGUUGUGACCCAAUUUUGUUGGUUAUGUUGUCAUAGUUGUGUCUAGGGGGGCAUAUGGGUAGAGGGAAUGCUGUCACCUCCAGGUAGGUGUUUGUCCCCCUGUGUGCUGAGGGUGUCAGGUUCUUGUCCAGUUCUGGCAUUUAGGUCGCCACAGACUAGUACAUGUCCCUGGGCCUGGAAAUGGUUGAUCUCCCCCUCUAGGAUGGAGAAGCUGUCAUCGUUAAAGUAUGGGGAUUCUAUUGGGGGGAUAUAGGUCAUGAGGACAUUUCUCUGUUGAGAUAAUUUCCUUAUUAAUUUCUAGCCAGAUGUAAAAUGUUCCUGUUUUGACUAAUUUAAUAGAGUGGGUUAGGUCUGCUCUAUACCAAAUUAGCAAAAUCUUAUUUUUAUAAGAAACAUUAAUGUGUUAAAAAUCCCAAUUUGUUGUUAUAGUCAAUUUACACACAGCUCUGACACAUACACUUUCCCCACCAGACAUGCCACCAGAGGUCUUUUCACAGUCCCCAAAUCCAGAACAAAUUCAAGAAAGCGUACAGUAUUAUAUAGAGCCAUUAUUGCAUGGAACUCCGUCCCAUCUCAUUUUGCUCAAAUAAACAGCAAACCUGGUUUAAAAAAAAACUGAUAAAGCAACACCUCACGGCACAAUGCCUCUCCCCUAUUUGACCUACAGUGAGGGAAAAAAGUAUUUGAUCCCCUGCUGAUUUUGUACGUUUGCCCACUGACAAAGACAUGAUCAGUCUAUAAUUUUAAUGGUAGGUUUAUUUGAACAGUGAGAGACAGAAUAACAACAACAAAAUCCAGAAAAACGCAGGUCAAACAUUUUCUAAAUUGAUUUGCAUUUUAAUGAGGGAAAUAAGUAUUUGACCCCUCUGCAAAACAUGACUUAGUACUUGGUGGCAAAACCCUUGUUGGCAAUCACAGAGGUCAGACGUUUCUUGUAGUUGGCCACCAGGUUUGCACACAUCUCAGGAGGGAUUUUGUCCCACUCCUCUUUGCAGAUUUUCUCCAAGUCAUUAAGGUUUCGAGCCUGACGUUUGGCAACUCUAACCUUCAGCUCCCUCCACAGAUUUUCUAUGGGAUUAAGGUCUGGAGACUGGUUAGGCCACUCCAGGACCUUAAUGUGCUUCUUCUUGAGCCACUCCUUUGUUGCCUUGGCCGUGUGUUUUGGGUCAUUCUCAUGCUGGAAUACCCAUCCACGACCCAUUUUCAAUGCCCUGGCUGAGGGAAGGAGGUUCUCACUCAAGAUUUGACAGUACAUGGCCCCGUCCAUCGUCCCUUUGAUGUGGUGAAGUUGUCCUGUCACCUUAGCAGAAAAACACCCCCAAAGCAUAAUGUUUCCACCUCCAUGUUUGACGUUGGGAUUGGUGUUCUUGGGGUCAUAGGCAGCAUUCCUCCUCCUCCAAACACGGUGAGUUGAGUUGAUGCCAAAGAGCUCCAUUUUGGUCUCAUCUGACCACAACACUUUCACCCAGUUCUCCUCUGAAUCAUUCAGAUGUUCAUUGGCAAUCUUCAGGCGAGCAUGUAUGUGUGCUUUCUUGAGCAGGGGGACCUUGCGGGCGCUGCAGGAUUUCAGUCCUUCACAGCGUAGUGUGUUACCAAUUGUUUUCUUGGUGACUAUGGUCCCAGCUGCCUUGAGAUCAUUGACAAGAUCCUCCCGUGUAGUUCUGGGCUGAUUCCUCUCCGUUCUCAUGAUCAUUGCAACUCCACGAGGUGAGAUCUUGCAUGGAGCCCCAGGCCGAGGGAGAUUGACAGUUCUUUUGUGUUUCUUCCAUUUGCGAAUAAUCGCACCAACUGUUGUCACCUUCUCACCAAGCUGCUUGACGAUGGUCUUGUAGCCCAUUCCAGCCUUGUGUAGGUCUACAAUCUUGUCCCUGACAUCCUUGGAGAGCUCUUUGGUCUAUAAAAAAAAGACACCUGGGAGCCAGAAAUCUUUCUGAUUUAGAGGGGGUCAAAUACUUAUUUCCCUCAAAAUGCAAAUAAAUGUAUAACAUUUUUUACAUGCGUUUUUCUGGAUUUUGUUGUUGUUAUUCUGUCUCUCACUGUUCAAAUAAACCUACCAUUAAAAUUAUAGACUGAUCAUUUGUUUGUCAAUGGGCAAACGUACAAAAUCAGCAGGGGAUCAAAUACUUUUUUCCCUCACUGUAGAUACUAGUCAUGCUGGUGGUGAUGGUCCCCAGAUAUAAUGCUCUGUUUUUCUGUACAAUUAUUUUUGUCUGACUGAUUUAAUCUUCAGAGUUUCAUUAAAACUUAAUAAUGUAUUUUUAUCAAAUGUAAUGUUUUAGUAUUCUACAUUUACAUUAAUCAUGAUGUUUGCUGUUAAUGUAUGUUGGUUUUCAUUCAGAACCAUUUAAAUGUUUUCUCAAUUGGUUCUCUGUCUCAAUGUCAUUUUCCUCAGUAUCAUGGAACAGGUAGUGUUACUUACUUGCUAAUUGAACUAUAUGGGCCGGUUUCCCGGACACAGAUGAAACCUAGUCCUAGACUAAAAAGCAUGUUCAAUGGAGAUGUCCGGGAAACCGACCCCAAGUUUGGCAUCUUUUAUUCUCCCAUACUGCUCAGUCAAGCAACAUUAAACCUGUCCAGUAGGUGGUACUAUUAACCAAACAAUAAAAAACAGCAGAUAUCUUGACUUGCCACUCAGUAUGUCAGUAAUGUUCAGAAUAGUACUUUAAUAUCAUUGGAGAUUGAUGGUCUUUUUAAUCCACUAUCCAGAGUCUGGAACAGAUGAAGUUAGGUCUGCUACUGUUCAGUUAUUAAAUAUAAUUUAUGGUGAUGGGAAAUAAAAAAUACAUCUAGUAGUAGUUUUCCUUUGCUAUUUAUUCCAAGGUGUGUCUUUAACUUGUAAAUGGAUUGUGUUGAAGCUGGCAUGUGGUGUGGAUGAUAGAAUAGAGUGAAUAGAGGAGAGAAGAGAGGAGGAGAGGAGAACAUAAUAUAGAAGACAGAUAAGAUAGAGAGAAUUCAUACCCAGGGGAGUUACUGACUCUGUCCCAAAUGACACCCUGUUCCCUACGUAGUGCACUAGGCUACUUCUGACCAGAUCAAAAGUAGUGCACUACAUAGGGAAUACGGUUGCCUAUAUAUCAUACUGUAAUGUUAGUGGUUGCCGCAUUAGAAUAUCAUACUGUAAUGUUAAUGGUUGACUCCCCCCUUUUUCUUCUGUUGUGUGUCCUCCCAUAAGUCAUUGAAGCGUUCAAUGAGAUAGGCCCCUGCCUUCACAGGGGGAUAUGUUGGACCGGUCACAACAGGUGAUGAGGGCUUCAUCGUCCAGCCAGGGACUGCUGUGUGCUCGAGUCUCCAGCGGGGGAGAAUAUCAUACUGUAAUGUUAGUGGUUGCCUCAUUAGAAUAUCAUACGGUGUUGUUGGGCUUUACUAUGGUUCUACAUACAGUAGCUGUACCUGGAGGGUUUCUGCUCACAUAUUCCUUUAUCUCCACAACUUUAUCUGAUUCUCUGUCUCCCACUUCCCUUCAUAUAUUUAAAAGGAAAUUACUGGUAUAUGUAAACACCCUCUAUCCCAUGUCAACACCAAUCCAAUGCUUUUACAUUUGUGGGGAGUAGUGAACGAGUGCUACACUUCAGGAGGAAGGAGAGAUUAUUGGGACACACCCAUGGAGUGAAGAUAGAGGGAUGUCAAAGAGGAGAGAGGUAAUGGUUGUACUUGACUUAUUUAUUCUCUCAUUACUGACAUACUUUUUCCCUAACAUAAAAUAAUUAAUGCUAGAUAGAUAAUGCUCACUUCCUCCCAUAAGAAUCAUUGAAGCGUUCAAUGAGAUAUGCCCCUGCCUUCACAGGGGGAUAUUUGUUGGACCCGUCACAACAGGUGAUGAGGGCUUCAUCGUCCGGCUGCACAAAGAAAGCCAGGGACUGCCGUGUGCUCGAGUCUCCAGCAGGGGGCAGCAAAACCCUAUGGACCUGAAAGGGAAAGUGCCAUGCAAAAAUCAAAGGUGAAUUUACCUUUGUGUCCACAGAGACCCGAGUCAUAUUCACUAGGCACCAAACUGAAGAAAAUGAACUGAAUUUAAGAAAAUCAAUGUUUGUUUUCAUUUUCUGUUGCAGAAUGUUUUGCUAUAGUGUGCCCUAACGAAUAUUAUUUUAAAUCUUACAAAUACUUUGAGCAUUUCCUUUAGUCUUCCAGGUGGGUGGGGUUUGUUUGCACUUUUAGGACUUUUCUAUUGGUUCCAUUACAACAGGCAAAUUCAAUCAAGCACUGCUUUUAAGUAUUCCAAAUUAUUUUAAAUAGUAUUUGAACGCAGUUCUGUUUCCACAUGCAAUAAACCUGUAACAUCUUGUAUGAUCUUAUCAGGUAACAGUGUGUCAAAUGGAAGGGCAAGUCUCACCGCUGAGAGGAAAACAUCACUGGUCCACCUCUGCAUCAGGUCAGCUAUGUUGAUCAGUACUGUCCCAGGGAUGCUGGGAGCAGAGAUGAACUCCCCUGACCUGGUACGCACCUAUGGAGUUGUCAUUAAUUAUAACACACAUUAGCCGUGUUAAUAGAAUGAAAUGGAUCCAGGUUCCAUUUAUUCUACAAUAUAUUUCACCCAGGUCACUUGGUAAGUUUGUUAAUCUCCAAAGUGUUCUGAAAUUGAGGUGACUGCAGGUCUCAUUCCCAAACGAAUGGGGGAAAUGGCAACAUCUAAUAAGAUGGCAUUUAGAGGUAUGGAUAACUUUAUUUUUGACAAACUUUGCUAUUGGGGUGAACAAAUACCAUUAAACAUACAUACAGUGCAUUCGGAAAGUAUUCAGACUCCUUCCCUUUUUACACAUUUUGUUACGUUAUAGCCUUAUUCUAAAAUGGAUUAAAUAAAACAUUUUCCUCAUCAAUCUACACACAAUACCCCAUAAUGGCAAAGCGAAAACAGGUUUAGACAUUUUUAGCAAAUGUAUUGCAAAUAAAAAUCUGAAAUACCUUAUUUUCAGACCCUUUGCUAUGAGACUUGAAAUUGAGCUCAGGUGCAUCCGGUUUCCAUUGAUCAUCCUUCAGAUGUUUUCUACAACUUGAUUGGAGUCCACCUGUGGUAAAUUCAAGGUCCCAUAGUUGACAGUGCAUGUCAGAGCAAAAACCAAGCCAUGAGGUCGAAGGAAUUGUCCGUAGAGCUCUGAGACAGGAUUGUGUCGAGGCACAGAUCUGGGGAAGGGUAACAAAACAUUUUCGCAGCAUUGAAGGUCCCCAAGUGGCCUCCAUCAUUCUUAAAUGGAAGAAGUUUGGAACCACCGAGACUCUUCCUAGAGCUGACCAGCCCAGCCAAACUGAGCAAUCGGGGGAGAAGGGCCUUGGUCAGGGAUGUGAGUUGGGAAAAUCUUGUGCAAUACACCGAUGCAUGUCUUGUAUUCAAGAUCCUAAAUGGCUUGGCUCCCCCUCCACUCAGUAUUUUUGUUAAACAGAAAACCCAAACAUAUGGCAGCAGAUCCACAAGGUCUGCCAUGAGAGGUGACUGUGUAGUUCCCCUAAGGAAGAGCACCUUUAGUAAAUCUGCUUUUUCUGUGAGAGCUUCCCAUGUCUGGAAUACACUGCCAUCAGACACACACAACUGCACCACAUAUCACACUUUCACAAAAUGCUUGAAGACAUGGCUAAAGGUCAAUCAGAUUUGUGAACAUGGUCCCUAGCUGUGUGUUGCCGCUUUCCAUGUCUGUUGUCUGUAACUUGUGAGGUGUGGAAACACUUUGUUGCUUUUAUGAAUUUUGUCUUGCUGCUUUUUGUUCUAUGUUGCUCUGUCUGUAUGCUACGUCUUGCUUGUCCUAUGUUGCUAUGUUUGUAUGCUAUGUCUUGUUCUAUGUUGUUAUUGUCUAUAUUGUAAUUGUUUUUAAUAACCUGCCCAGGGACUGCGGUUGAAAAUUAGCCGGCUGGCUAAAACCGGCACUUUUACUGAAACGUUGAUUAAUGUGCACUGUCCCUGUAAAAAUAAACUCAAACUCAACUCAACUCAACUCAAUCCCAUGGUCACUCUGACAGAGCUCCAGAGUUCCUCUGUGGAGAUUGGAGAACCUUCCAGAAGGACAACCAUCUCUGCAGCAUUCCACCAAUCAGGUCUUUAUGGUAGAGUGGCCAGAUGGAAGCCACUCCUCAGUAAAAAGGCACAUGACAGCCCGCUUGGAGUUUGCCAAAAGGACCCUAAAGGACUAUCAGACCAUGAGAAACAAGAUUCUCUGGUCUGAUGAACCAAAGAUUGAACUCUUUGGCCUGAAUGCCAAGCCUCACGUCUGGAGGAAACCUGGCACCAUCCCUACGGUGAAGCAUGGUGGUGGCAGCAUCAUGCUGUAGGGAUGUUUUUCAGUGGCAGGGACUGGGAGACUAGUCAGGAUCGAGGGAAAGGUGAACGGAGCAAAGUACAGAGAGAUCCUUGAUGAAAACCUGCUCCGGACCUCAGACUGGGGUGAAGGUUCACCUUCAAACAGGGCAAUGAUCCUAAGCACACAGCCAAGACAACGCAGGAGUGGCUUCGGUACCAGUCUCUGAAUGUCCUUGAGAGGCCCAGCCAGAGCCCGGACUUGAACCCGAUCGAACAUCUCUGGAGAGACCUGAAAAUAGCUGUGCAGCGAUGCUCCCUAUCCAACCUGACAGAGUUUGAGAGGAUCUGCAGAGAAGAAUGGGAGAAGCUCCCCAAAUACAGGUGUGCCAAGCUUGUAGCGUCAUACCCAGGAAGACUCGAGGCUGUAAUCGCUGCCAAAGAUGCUUCAACAAAGUCUGAAUACUUAUGUAAAUGUGAUAUUUCAGUUUCUAUUUUUAAUACAUUUGCAAAUAUUUCUAAAAACCUGUUUUUGCUUUGUCAUUAUGGGGUAUUGUGUGUAGAUUCAUGAGGGGAAAAAAACAAUUUAAUCAAUUUUAGAAUAGGGCUGUAACGUAACAAAAUUGAAAAAGCCAUGGGGUCUGAAUACUUUCCCAAUGCACUGUAGUCCAGUAAAAAAACAAAGUUUUUCCUGCCAGGUGAUGUAGCCAGGAAAAACUCCUGCCCCUAAUAGACACUGCAGAGGAUUCAGUGGUGUCUUGUUUACCUGCAGGCCACCCUCUUGGUUCUGGAAGACCAGAGGAUUCAGUGGUGUCUUGUUUACCUGCAGCCCACCCUCUUGGCUCUAGAAGACCAGAGGAUUCAGUGGUGUCUUGUUUACCUGCAGGCCACCCUCUUGGUUCUAGAAGAACAGAGGAUUGAGUGGUGUCUUGUUUACCUGCAGGCCACCCUCUUGGUUCUGGAAGACCAGAGGAUUCAGUGGGGUCUUGUUUACCUGCAGGCCACCCUCUUGGUUCUACAAGAACAGAGGAUUCAGUGGGGUCUUGUUUACCUGCAGGCCACCCUCUUGGCUCUGGAAGACCAGGGUGAUGCUGCCGUAGUCAGAGUGUUCUCCACAGCGCAGCUGACCCUCCUUUACCCUGUCACUCCUCACCGGGGGGUAAUACAGAGACCUCAGGGUACUGCCGUUCUCAUCACCUGCAGGAGACAACAAUCAAGCCUGAUUCACACAACAGGGCCGACCCAACUGUAUUUUCCUUUCACAUUGUCCUUUCAAAGAUGGUUCCAGCACUAUUGCAAACUUUUUUGCUCAAAGUUUGGUAACAGAAUGAUGGCACAGAGCACAAACUCAUUCUGUUAGACUUACAUUUUAAAGUGAAAAUCUGAGUCUGUGUCACUCUUUGACAGUGGAAUUGCCCAGUUGAAAAAUAAAGUUAAGGAUGGCAGCUUAUCCCCUUUAACGAUAUUAAUUUCUAAAGCGUUUUGGAGCAAGCUUCUUUGUCAAAGCACUAUUGCAACACAGUGUCAGAAUGUUAAAAUACACAUCGACGUUGAAAGGGAACCAUGAUUAAUGUGUAUUUGUAACAUUCUGACACUGUGUUGCAAUAGUGCUUUGACAAAGAAGCUUGCUCCAAAACGCUUUAGAAAUUAAUAUCGUUAAAGGGGAUAAGCUGCCAUCCUUAACUUUAUUUUUCAACUGGGCAAUUCCACUGUCAAAGAGUGACACAGACUCAGAUUUUCACUUUAAAAUGUAAGUCUAACAGAAUGAGUUUGUGCUCUGUGCCAUCAUUCUGUUACCAAACUUUGCAUCUGCACUGUUCAAGUAAAUGUGUUUUUGUUACAUUUUGUGUGUACAUUGUUAAAAGUAGUCCUUGUACAUAGAGUUGUAAGGUUUGUUUAAUUUUGCAAUCAUUGGUUUUUGUUUGACAUGCAGUACUAGUCAAAAGUUUGGACACACCAACUCAUUCAAGGGAUUUUCUUUAUUUUUACUAUUUUCUACAUUGUAGAAUAAUAGUGAAGACAGCAAAACUAUGAAAUAGCACAUAUGGAAGUAACCAAAAAAAGUGUUAAACAAAUCAAAAUAUCCACCCGUUGCCUUGAUGACAGCUUUGCACACUCUUGGCUAUUUGAAGAAUCGCAAAUAUAAAAUAUUUCUUGAUUUGUUUAACACUUUUGUUGGUUACUACAUCAUUCCAUAUGUAUUAUUUCAUAGUUUUGAUGUCUUCACUAUUAUUCUACAAUGUAAAAAUAAAGAAAAACCCUUGAAUGAGUAGGUGUGUCCAAACUUUUGACUGGUAGCAUACAUUUUAAAGUAAAGAAUCUGAGUCACAGUGUCACUCUGUUACCAUGGAAUUGCCCAACUUCAGUUUUACAUUCCUAGGACUGAGCACCCCUUCACCCAGGUGUGAUUGUACAUAGAUAACCCCCUGAGAGAGAGAGCUGUACUCACUCCCUAUGUGUCUGUGUACACUCAGGAAGACCUCAGCCUCCAGGCCCAGACUGUAGGCCAUCACAUGGAGCACCCGGAGACUCAGGUCCUUACAGCGCAGGAAGAACGACGACUGGAUCUCACAGAAUCCACUCACUCCUUCCCAUGA